UUUAACGAAAAUUCACACAUGCGAAGACUUUCGGAAACAUUCGGAGAAUUUCGUGCGAGUCCCGGAGAGAAUCGGAGACGUGCGGAGGCGUUCGGAAACGCUCGGCACGAGGCGGAAACACCCGAGGAGCUCUUCGUGCAUCUCCGGGGCUUUUCGGGACCCUCCGAAGCGGCGACGCUCGGGUGUUUCCGGCGGCUCUCGGGUGUUUUCGGCGGCUCUCGGGUGUUUUCGGCGCUGCUCGGGUGUUUCCGGCGGCCGCCGGGGCGCUGCCUCAGGGCGGGCGCCAUUUUGUGUGUCCGCCCGCGGAGCGCGGGGCGCGGGCGGAGGAGCCGCCGGGCCGAGCCCCCCGCGCCGUUCAGUGACUGUGCCCCACGUUCUCCACCCCUUUGCCCGUUACCCAUGGCCGUGGAGAGCCCGAGUGUCCCCCCCGCCGCCGCCGCCGCCUCCCCCCCCAGCCCGCACUGCUCCCCCCCUUCUCCGUCCUGCCAUGGCAGCUGCAGCCUCCCCCGGCCGCCGCCGCCGCUCCAAGGGCACCAUCACGGCCCGGACGAAAGGGAGGACGGGGAGCUGGAGGAGGGCGAGCUGGAGGACGACGGCGCCGAGGAGGCGGCUCCGAGCUCCCGGUCCCGCUCGCGGCGCCGCAGCGGAUCCCCCCCGGACCGGCCCCACCGGCGGCUGAAGCGCAAACGGCGCAAGGACCGGGACCGGGACCGGGACAGGGACAGGGACCGGGACAGGGACAGGGACAAGAGGAAAGCCAAGAAAAGGAGGAAAUCCAAGCACAGGAGGCACGCCUCAUCCAGCGAGGAAUUUUCGGAUUUCAGCGACGACUCCGAUUACAGCCCCGGAGAGAAGGGACACCGGAAAUACCGGGAAUACAGCCCGGCCUAUCCCUGCCACCAGUACUCCCAGUUGCCCCGCAAGCCCCAUCCCAAGGGGGACCCCAAAGGCUUCGGGGGCUCCCUGGAGGAAUUCCCGCCCGAGCCCUUCGGCCCCUUCGAGGCCGAGGAGGAGGAGGAGGCGCCCAGGGACGACCUGGACGACUUUUCCAAGGAGCUGAGCCAGUACCGGCGCUGCAAGGAGGGCACGCACCGCGCCCGAGGCCGGGGCCGGGGCCGGCCGUUCCGGGGCCGGGGCCGGGGCCCGGGGCGGGGCCGGGGGCUGUGCCGGGGCCGCGCCCGCGCCCGCAGCGACCCCGAGGAGGAGGAGGAGCCCUUCGAGGAGGAGAUGGAGUACUGCGACCCCGAGGAGCCGCUGGGCGACGACGACUUCGACGACUUUGCCAAAGAGCUGUCGCAGUACCGGCGCUGCAAGGAGCGCGGCCGGGGGCCGGGCCGGGGCCGUGCCCGGGGCCGGGGCCGGGGCGGGAAGGGGCCGGGUCGGGGUCGGGGCCGCGGCCGCAGCGCCAAAGGCGGCACCGAGGACGACGAGUUCUACGACGAGGAGGGGGAGGGGGGCGGGUACCGGCGGGAGGACAAGUCUCACCUGCCCGCCGACAAGAAGGGCAAAGUCAUCUGCAAGUACUUCCUGGAGGGCAGGUGCACCUGGGGCGAUCACUGCAACUUCAGCCACGACGUGGAGCUGCCCAAGAAGCGCGAACUGUGCAAGUUCUACAUCACGGGGUACUGCGCGCGGGCCGACAGCUGCCCCUACAUGCACGGGGAUUUCCCGUGUAAGUUGUUCCACACCACCGGACACUGCAUCAACGGCGACGGCUGCAUGUUCUCCCACGCGCCGCUCUGCGACGACACCCGACAGCUGCUGGACAAGAUGCUGGCCGAGGACGCCGAGGCGGGCGCGCAGGACGAGAAGGAGCUGCAGGAGCUGCGCAAACAGGGCAUCGACCCCCUGCCCAAACCCCCCCCGGGCGUGGGGCUGCUGCCCACCCCCCCCCGGCCCCCCUCCCCCCCCCGCGGCCUGCCCCUCCCCCCCCGCCCCCCUGCCCCUCCCCCCGCCCCUGGACCCCCCCUGGAGCCGCCCCCGGACCCCUUCAAGAAGAUCCCGUCGCUCUUCGAGAUCGUCGUGCGGCCCACGGGGCAGCUGGCCGAGAAGCUGGGGGUCAGGCACCCGGGGCCGCCCCCCCCGCGCUUCCCGGGCCCCCCCGGGGCGCCGCCCCUCCCCCACCCCGAGCUGGGGGGGGGGUUCGAGGAGCCGCCCCUCCCCCACCCGGGGCUGCCCCCCCCGGGCUUCUACGAGGGGGGAGGGGCGUUCUACCCCCCCGAGGGGCUGGAGAGGGAGACCCCCCCCGGGGGGGAGGGGCCAGACGACGACUUCGCCUCCUACGCCGCGGCCGAGGGCCCCGGGGGGGAUCCGCGGUUCCCCGAGGGGUCCCUGGAGGCCGAGGGCGGCCCGGGGGUCCCGGGGGGUCCCGGGGGUGCCCCGGGGGGUCCCGGGGGGGUCCCGGGGGGUCCCGGGGGGGGUCCCGGGGCCCUGGCGGAGCUGCUGCCGUCGGCGCAGCGCGCGCUGUUCCUGCGCAUCCGCCACAAGCAGCGGCACGAGGAGCGCGGCCGGAGGGCGGCCGAGGGCGGCCGGGGAGAGCGGCAGCACGAGGAGGACCCCGGCAGUUGGUACUCGAGCGACGAGGACGACGCCGAUGGCGGCAGCGGCAGCGUCUCCUCCAUCCUCAAAUCGCUGCGGCAGCAAAGCUCCGCCCGAGCCCCCAACGCACCGGGGGACCCCCCGAGCGACCCCCGCCUGCCGCGGCCGCCCCGGCCCGCCGGGCCCCGGCCCCGGGACCCGCGGCUGGCCCGGAACCGGGAACCGAGCCCCGAGUCCGGUUGGGAUCCCCGUUUGUCCCGGAACCGGGAGCACAGUCCCAAGUCCGGUCCGUGGGAUCCCCGUUUGUCCCGGAACCGGGAGCCGAGCCCCGAGUCCGGCCCGUGGGACCCGCGGCUGGCCCGGAACCGGGAACCGAGCCCCGAGUCCGGUCCGUGGGACCCGCGGCUGGCCCGGAACCGGGAACCGAGCCCGGACCCCGGCCCGUGGGAUCCCCGUUUGUCCCGGAACCGGGAGCCGAGUCCCGAGUCCGGUUGGAACCCGCGUUUGUCCCGAAACCAGGAGCCCAACCCCGAUCCCGGUUGGGACCCCCGUUUGUCCCGGAACCGGGAGCCGAGCCCCGACCCCGGUCCCUGGGAUCCCCGUUUGUCCCGGAACCGGGAGCCCAGCCCGGAUCCCGGUUGGGAUCCGCGUUUGUCCCGGAACCGGGAGCCCAGCCCCGAUCCCCACCCGUGGGACCCCCGUUUAUCCCGGAACCGGGACCCCAGUCCCGACCCCGGCCCCUCGGACCCCCGUUUGGCCCGGCACGGCCCCCGCCCGGAGCCGGUUCCCCGGGGCGGAGCCGAGGAUGAGGAUGGCGAGCGGAUCCCGCGGGACAAAGCUCUGCCCAUCCCCCUGGAAGCCGCUCCGGGACAGACCCCGCGGGACCCCCGGCGCGACCCCCGCCGCUUCCCGCAGCUCCGCGGGGACGCGGCGGCUCCGGUACCGCUGCCGCUGCCGCCGUUCGCCCGCUCCGUGCUCUGGAGCCCCGAGGAUCUCAUCCCGGUGCCCGUUCCGCGGCAGGACCCGUGUCCGCUCCCGGUGGGCUCCGGUACCGACCCCCGCCUGCUCCGGCCGCCCCCCGGCCCCUCGGACCCGCGGCAGCCGCGACCCGCGACCACCGGCGGCGACCCCGGCCCGGCGCUGCCGGACUUCGAGCUCCUCUCCAGGAUCCUCCAGAGCGUCGCCGCUUCCUCCUCCUCCUCCUCCUCCUCCUCCUCCUCCUCCUCCUCCUCGGGGGACAAGCCCAGCGACCCCCGCGUCAGGAAAGCUCCUCCCGCCGACCCGCGGCUGCAGAAACCGCUGGAGGGGGGAAAUAAUUCCCAAAAAGCGCCGGAAUUCGGGAAUCAGCCCCGGGACUCACCGGACACCGAUCCCGGUCCCGCCAUCGCUCCGUACGACCCGCGGCUGAGCUGGACCGGCGGUUCCGCCCAGAGCAGCAGCGUCCUGAGCGCCAUCAGCCUCUACGACCCGCGCACGGCCAGUCCGGGCAAAGAGCCCCAAAACGACGCGAAUUCAACCCAAAAAAGCGACGCGCCGAAAGCGGCCAAAGCCAAAGAGCCGCCGCCGUUCGUGCGGCGCUCGGCGCUGGAGCAUCCCGAGAGCGGCUCCGGUGGUACCGGCGGUACCGGCGGUACCGAGCGGGCGGAGCCCACGGACCGCUACAACAGCUACAACCGACCCCGCGUUAAAAGCGCCGCUCCCGGGGACACCGGCGGCGCCCCGGCCGCCCUGCACAGCCUCCCGGUGCCCCCCGUGUUCGGCCCGGCCCGGCCCGGCCCCGGCACCGGCACCGGCACCGGCACCGGCACCGGCACCGGCAGCCCCUUCCCGGGGGGCAGCCCCGGCCCGGAGCCCCCCGAGGAUGGGGCGGACAAAGGGUCGCUCAAGGACGUGUUCAAAGGCUUCGACCCCACGGCCUCGCCCUUCUGCCAGUGAGGGUGGGGAGGGAGAAAUGGGGGUGAAGGGGCGGAAAAUGGGGUUAGAUCGGGGGAAAAUGUGGUUAAAUGGGUGGAAAUGUGGUUAAAUCUGAUCAAAAUGUGGUUAGAUUGGUGGAAAAUGUGGUUAAAUGGGUGGAAAAUGU